AUGUAUGCUCCUGGUGCCAUUUUUCUCCUCAAGAAUGGUCUCUUAUUAGGUAUACCUAUUGUCUGCUCUGCCGCACUGGUCCGUCAACUGGCCGAAUACUUCUUUGCGAAGUCAAUCCCAACCUGGGCACUGGCUGGGGCAACUGUCGCUAGUUUCCCCCUUUAUCUUGCCCUUCGUGUUUGGAUUCGUGAUAUCCGUCAUGCUCGCGCUGCAGCAGCGUUGGGAGCCCGGGUAGCGCCAACGUCCGACCGUGGAAAGCUCCCAGGAAACCUCGACCUACUGGUUGAAAUGAUGGAAAUUUGGAAGAACGGCUAUCCGGGUGACGGACUCCGCGAGACUUUGGAAGAAUGUGGGCCAGUAGUUGACCUGCGUGUUAUGUUCGACAACAUCAUCAUGACCGUCGAGCCCAACCAUAUCAAGCAAAUCUUGGCUACUGACUUCAACAACUACGUCAAAGGCGAAAAAUUCCAAUUCGGGAUGCGCAGCGUCCUUGGCACUGGUGUUUUCAACUCGGAUGGCGACAUGUGGAAGUUCCAUCGCACUCUAACGCGUCCAUACUUCAGUCGGGACAGGAUCAGUCAUUUUGAGACCUUCGACAGGCACGCUGACCAGGUUAUUGCCCUCAUUAAGAACCGUAUGAAGACCGGCUACGCGAUCGACUUCCAGGAUUUGAUCGGUCGCUUUACCAUGGACUCCGCUACUGAGUUCCUCUUUGGCUCUUGCGUCCAUAGCUUGCAUGCAAGCCUACCCUUUCCCCAUAAUGCCUCAUUUGUCGCACCCGAAGCUGAUCCCGUCCAUGCGCGGGUGGCCAUGGAAUUCAUGGAAGCUUUCAACCAGACUAUGUGGCAUACUGCGAACCGCGCCAGAGUCGGAUGGACUUGGCCGUUAAUGGAGAUGUGGUACGACAAAACAGCAGCCCCAAUGGAGAUCGUCAGCGCGUACAUCGACCCAAUCAUUAAGGACCGUUUGGAGAAGAAGCGCGUCGCUGACGCUCUGAAGCAAGAUCUAGACAAGAAAGAGCUUGAAGAAGACUCUGCUGAGAGCAUGACCCUCCUCGAUGACUUGGUGGGCAUGACCUCUGACCCCAAAGUUAUCAAAGACGAAACGUUGAAUAUUAUGAUCGCCGGCAAAGACACAACGCAGUGGACGACAACAGUGGCACUGUACUUUUUGGCCAUAUAUCCUCAUGUCACCACCCGAUUACGCGAGGAGAUCCUGCAACAUGUUGGACCCACUCGCCGACCCACCCUCGAGGAUAUUCGGGACAUGAAGUACUUGCGCGCGGUCAUUAACGAGACGAUGAGACUUUAUCCCUCUGUACCUUUCAACGUCAGGGAAAGCAUCAACGAAACAACCUGGCCCUCACCCGACCCUACCCAGAAACCGAUUUACAUCCCAGCAAAAACCCAGCAAGUUUCCCCUUGGAUAUCGAACUUUUGUGUUAUUAACGACCUUUGGGGCCCCGACGCUGAAGAAUUUGAUCCUGACCGCUGGCUUGACGAUCGUCUCAAGAAAUACCUGCUCAAGAAUUCGUUCCAAUUCCUCCCUUUCAACGCCGGUCCACGCAUCUGCCUCGGCCAACAAUUCGCAUAUAAUGAGAUGUCGUUCAUUCUCAUUCGGUUGUUGCAGAACUUCUCCGAGUUUCAUCUCGACACUGAGGCGUUCCGGCCAGAGACGCGACCAAAUCCAGACUGGGCGGCUUUGGAAGGCCGCAAGGCCAUGGACAAAUUCCGUCCAAAGAUACAUCUGACGAUGUAUGCCGAGGGCGGAAUCUGGCUGAAGACCAAGGAAGCGACUGAGAGCGCUUGA